UCUGUUUUUGUGUGGAGAGGAAAAAACGUUCCUUCUCUUUCUCUCUGUUCCCUCUUUUACUUUUGUCUGAAUUCCCCCUUUUUUCCUCUCUCUCUGUUUGAAGUUUGUUUCUUUUGUGCAUUUCAUCAAACAGAAGAGAGGGUGUGUUUUUUGUGUUUUGUGUGCUCAGAAUUAAUGGAAAUUCCGGUGAUGGGCUGCUUCUGAUCAUCAUCAUAAUGGAUUUUGAUGCCGGAAUUUCCUUGUCUGUGACUGAAGGUCCUUCCUCUUUGUCACCGUCUCUCGAUCAAGACACUCUGUGGCAAAUGAACUUGAGAUCAAGGGAAUCAAUUGAGUCGGGACAUUAUCCUGUCCGUGAAGGUGAACCAGAUUGUUCCUACUACAUCAGAACUGGUCUCUGUAGGUUUGGAUCAACUUGCCGAUUUAACCACCCUCCUAAUAGGAAACUGUAUUUGAUGCAGGCCAUUGCCACGGCAAGGAUGAAAGGAGAGUAUCCAGAAAGAAUGGGGCAACCAGAAUGCCAGACAACAAAAUUCAUGUACGUGCAACGAUCAAGUAUGUCAAUUAACGAUCAGUACUACUUGAAGACGGGAACUUGCAAAUUUGGAGCCACAUGCAAGUUUCACCAUCCUAAAGACAAGGCUGGGAUUGCUGGAAGAGUUACCCUAAAUGUCUUGGGCUAUCCGCUUCGCCCGAAUGAGGCUGAAUGUGCUUAUUACAUGAGAACUGGACAGUGCAAGUUUGGAAGUACCUGUAAAUUUCACCAUCCCCAACCUUCUAACAUGAUGGUCUCUUUACGUGGUUCCCCUGUUUAUCCCCCAGUUCCUUCUGCAACAACUCCUGGUCAGCUGUCCUAUCCCUUGUCCAGAGGAUCUUUCAUCCCUGGUGCACGCUGGCAGGCUCCGUCAAGUUACACUCCAUUGAUAAUGCCUCAGGGAGUAGUAUCUGUUCCAGGGUUUGCAUACAGUGGUCAGAUGGGAUCGAUUUCUUCUCCUGAGGGCCAGCAACAGACAGCUGGAAAUAGCCAGGUUUAUGGAACUUCACGAUCCGGUGAUGCAGCAAAUAUGGGAUCCCAAGGAGUCACUUCCCCAUACCGUCCAGCUUCUGUUCCUAUGGGGUACUAUGCAUUGCAGGGGGAGAAUGUCUUCCCUGAACGACAUGGGCAGCCUGAAUGCCAGUUUUACAUGAAGACUGGAGACUGCAAGUUUGGUGCUGUUUGUAGAUUCCAUCAUCCGAGGGAAAGGCUGAUUCCUCCUCCUGACUGCAUGUUAAGUCCCAUUGGACUUCCUUUACGCCCUGGAGAACCAUUGUGUAUUUUCUAUUCAAGAUAUGGGAUCUGCAAAUUUGGCCCAAGUUGCAAGUUUGAUCACCCAAUGACGGUUUUCACUUAUAGUAUCUCAGCAUCAUCUUCUACUGAUGCUCCUGCAGUUCAGCGUCUAUUGGGUUCAUCAUCAGGAACCAGUGCAUUGACCUUGACUUCAGAAGGGCUUGUUGAAGCAGUGUCAACGAAGCCCAGGCGACUGUCACUCUCAGAAACAAGAAAGAUGCCACCUGGUGAUAAUAACAUUGACAGAGAGGGAUGAUCUUUAUCCCCCCAAUUACCAGCCAGCAUCAUCAUUUCUAUCUUUUUGAGAAUCAAUAACAGUUGCCUGUAAAUUCUUUUCCAUCGGUGGAGAUGUACAGAAUCCAGUAAAAGUCAAUUUAUUCUUCUGAAAAUGCAUUUCAGUUGACAAGGUUGACAUCUCUGUACUUCACUUUGGAGCAAUGUAUAAAUCUGCCGAUGUUGGCACAAAUUGGUGAAUCCAACUGUUAAUUUGUAAUCUGCCUAAAGCCCUCUACCUUUUUAUAUGAAUCAAUUUAACCCCCUAAUCUCCUGUGUGAAUCAUUGGUUUCCUCAAUUGUAUCUGGCUCUCUGGUACUUUUUUGAAUAUCAGAGAAGGUUGUAAAUGAUCCAAAUGUCUAACUCUCAUACCUUGAAGUUGUUCUAGACAUAUGCUGAUGACGUGCUUUGCUUAUAAUUAUUAUCAAUGACCAGAGUCCAAAGAUAUUCUCUUUGCAGGUUUUGUAUGAGGUAACUUGUGGUGAUUACAAACGUAAAUGAUGUCAAUGGAUCGUUCUCCGCCUGUUCGGUGCACUAUUAUCUGGUAACUGGAAUUGUUAGGGGCUCACUGAGGAAAACACAGCACCUAGUGAUCGGAAAAGGAAGCAGCACAUUCCAUCGGGAAAGCAGUUAAAAAGCGAUUUUUAUUUUAUAGGCUACAGGAUUACCACAAUUGUCAUCCAACAAGCUCCAGGAUAUUGGCAGAUCUCAUUCCAAGGUGGCACAUAUCUGUGGCAACAAGAUCAUCUCUGAAGAAUAUAUUAGGGGUAUGUGGUACUGGAAUGACAACUUGUGCAAAUAGGAUGUCAUUGCUUUUUUGGGUGCAGUAAGACAUCUUACAAUCUAUGCCAACUUAUUAAUAGGAAGCUAGAGCUCUCUGGUGAUCCGUGAAACAUCUGAAGUUUUAAUUUACUAAGUGAGAUGUACCAUGAUAUAAUGAAGUUGAAGUAGUCAACCUUGUAAUUUGACAUAAACCAGAGGAUAUUUAACCUAGUAUCCCGUUCUCCUAGAUGAGGAUUGGAUUUGGCAGGAAGAUGUAAGCUCUAACAAGUCUCUGAUCCAAUGUAGAAAUUUCUGUCUUGACCUAAUAAAGGAAGAUUUUUGCAGAAAUGCAGGGUAAGACUGCAUACAAGAGACACUUGUGGUCCGGCCUUUCCCUGAACCCCGCGCAUAGCGGGAGCUUAGUGCACCGGGCUGCCCUUUACAUUUAUGAAUUCAUAAUCAGUGGAUUUAUUGAUGUCACUAGCUGAUCCUUGAAUCUUUUGAAAAAGAUGGUCAGAGAGUCGCUGCCAAUCAACAACAAAAUAAAGUAAAUAGUUAUUCAGGGAGUUACACUGAGAACCAUAUGAUAUUUUGUGAUGAGGAGCCUCUAGAUCAUGGCACUGUUAUUAGCAGCAUUCUCUUCUUUGAAAGAUCUAUGGAGAAAAAAUCUGUUAGUAUAGAAUACAGUGUUUUCGUGUAAAUGGAAGGAACAAUAGUUAUUCUAGUGAUUUAUUCAAUGGUUAGUAGGAGUGAGUAAAUUUUCUUUUAUUUUUGGCCAUGUUGGGAUUUAUGCUAUAACAAAUUUUGAUCUCUUUUAAUGGGGUUUAAACAA